AUGUCUCACCGCAGUGCUCUUGCUGCUCUUAGAGCUGCUCGGGCUGGUGGGAAGUCACGACUGGAGAGUUACCAGAUCCAGGACCAGGGAGCCAUCUACGAUGAGGUCGACGAAGAAGGAUACAAGAAGGUCGUUCGAGGUCGUCUGAAUCGCGAUGAUUUCGUCGUUGACGAUACUGGCGAAGGCUACGCUGACGAUGGUCGCGAGGAAUGGCAGAACGAGCGAACAUACUACUCGAGUGAAGAGGAAGGCGAUGUUCCAUUGAAGGGCAAAGCUGCGAAGCGGAAACGCGAAGAAGACCAAGAGAAGAUCGAAAAGUCUAACCAUAAGAUUGCCAACUACUUCAACAAAGGCCCAAACGUGGCCGCUCCGAAGCAAAAGAUCCAAGCUACCGCCGAGGAUGAAGCUUUCAUGGCCGAUCUACUCGGUGAAGUCGACACCAACAUCGUCCCUGCGCGAUCCUACGGGAAGAAGGCCGUCAAGUCCGAGUCGCGUCGCAAAGUACGCGUUUUGUCGCCGCCAUUGACCGACGAACGCAGGAAGCCAGCCAAGUAUAUACCUCCUGUCACCGAACUAGUCGAAACACCUCCACCGCAAUCCGACAUGGACGACGCACCCAUGGUGUUCGGUGAUGAUGACGACGCCCCGAUGAGCGACCCACUGCCAUCUUCACCCAUUGCCAAAGCUGUCCAGCGCCGAGCUAAAGUCCAGAUCAAAGAAGAAGACGAAGAGGAGGAUCUGAUGGAUGUUGCUCAAGCCGUUGGCCAGGAAGGAGUCUCGGAGAAGAGCAUCAACAUGAAGGGCAGUAAGCCACCACCAAAGAUUAAGCAGCUGCUUUCUCCACAGAGCUCGUCACCUCCCGCACCAGCAUCCUCUGAUGUGGACGCCUCAACUUGGACCAGCGUUACCAACAAUCUGGCUGUAGCCAGCAGCCCUGCCUCUGGUACACACAUCUUUGGAAAGAUGAAACCAUCUGAUGCUGUGGAGGAGGAUGGCUCCCUUCGCUUCUACUGGCUAGACUAUACUGAUGUCAACGGCAGCCUCUGUCUCUUCGGCAAGGUCAAGCACAAGCAGACCGGCCAAUAUCUAAGUGCCUUCGUCAAGGUCGACAACAUCAUGCGGAAGCUAUACUUCCUACCACGCUCUCACAAGUUCCGCAAUGGACGCCAGACUGACGAUGAGGUUGGGAUGGAGGAUGUCUACGAGGAAGUAGACGCUCUCAUGUCUCGCAACAAAGUCACAACCCGCAAAGUCAAGCCUUGCACACGCAAAUACGCAUUCGAGCUACCAGACGUGCCAAAAGAGGCAGAAUAUCUCAAGCUGUUAUACCCAUACACCAAGAACGGCUUGCCUAUGGACCAGUCAGGAGAGACCUACUCACGCGUAUUUGGAACAAACACUUCUCUCUUCGAACAGUUUGUCAUGUGGAAGAACAUCAUGGGCCCCUGCUGGCUGAAGAUCGAGGAUGCCGAUUUUACCAGUGUCAACAACGCAUCUUGGUGCAAGCUCGAGUGUUCUUCGCCUGAUCCGGUUGGAAUUUCUGUUGUUCCAGAUUCGGAGCAACUGGAGACGCCACGACUCACGCUCAUGUCUAUGUCGUUUCGUACUCAGAUGAACGUCAAGGAGAAUAAGCAGGAGAUAUUGAUUGCCAGCGCUAGAGUGUACGAGAAUGUCUCUUUGACCGAUACCACUUCACCUGAGAAGAUGCCAUCCAGAACCUUCACCGUUAUGCGUCCCUCAGAAGCCAAGUAUCCACUUGGCUUCGAGACGAUGGCCACCGAGACCAUGAGUAAGCAGAACCGGGGAACGUUCAUGCUUGAGAGAAGUGAGCAAUUCCUUCUCAGCAAAUUCCUUGCUCUCUUCGAGAGGGUCGAUCCAGAUGUCUUGCUAGGCCAUCAACUUCAGGAAGUCGACUAUAGCAUUCUGCUCAGCCGGCUUCGUGAGAAGAAGACACCCGGCUGGCACAGAAUUGGCCGCUUGAAGCGACAGGAAUGGCCCAAGACUUUUGGCAAGAGCGGUUCCUCGUUUUUCGCCGAGCGAGCGCUAGUUGCUGGUAGAUUGAUGUGCGAUCUUGCCAAUGACAUGGGCAAAUCCCUAAUGACAAAAUGUCAGCAGUGGAGCUUGACCGAAAUGUGCGAGCUGUAUCUUGGGCCCAGCAACCCCCGGAGGGAACUAGACAACGAGAGCGCCCUCAAGACCUGGGCCACGACCAAAGACGGCCUGAUGAACUACGUUGGUCACUGUGAGGCCGAUACUUUCUUCAUCGCAGCACUGGCAAUCAAGUUGCAAAUGCUUCCCCUGACAAAGGUGUUGACGGAGCUUGCUGGCAAUUCCUGGGGCCGCACUCUGACUGGUACCCGCGCCGAGCGGAACGAGUACAUUCUUUUGCACGAAUUUCACCGCAACAAGUACAUCUGCCCUGACAAGAUCUGGGGAAAGCGCGCGAAGGUCGAAGAAGACAAUGAGGACGACGAUGCUGCCGACACGAAAAAGAAGGACAAGUACAAAGGAGGCCUCGUGUUCGAACCUGAAAAGGGAUUGUACGACAAAUUUGUGCUCGUCAUGGACUUCAACUCCCUGUAUCCCAGCAUUAUCCAGGAGUUCAACAUUUGCUUCACGACAGUUGAUCGCAACUCGACAACAGAGAAUGACCACGAAGAAAAGGUGCCAGAAGUUCCCCAAGAUCAAGCUCAGGGCGUCCUACCGAAGCUGAUCGCCACCCUCGUCACUCGACGUCGGGAGGUCAAAAAGCUCAUGAAAGAUAAGACCGCCACUCCUGAACAGCUCGCUCUCUGGGACACAAAACAGCUAGCCUUGAAGCUCACUGCCAACUCCAUGUAUGGCUGUCUGGGGUACACUCAGUCUCGCUUUUAUGCUCGUCCACUAGCUAUGCUCACGACCUUCAAGGGACGUGAGAUCCUACGAAGCACCAAAGAGCUCGUCGAAAGCAAUCAGCUUCAGGUCAUCUACGGAGACACUGACUCCGUCAUGAUCAACAGCAACGCUGACAGCAUCGCUCAGGCGCUCAAGGUGGGCAACGAGAUUAAGAAGAUGGUCAACGAACGGUACAAGCUGCUCGAAAUUGACAUUGACAACAUCUUCCGACGGCUGCUGCUUCAUGCCAAGAAGAAGUAUGCUGCGAUCAAUCUGGCUGAAGUUGAUGGCAAAUAUGUCGACAAGCUAGAAGUCAAGGGUCUCGAUAUGAGGCGUCGUGAGUACUGUGCGCUGUCGAAAGAGGCUUCACAGCGCCUGUUGAACGAGAUUCUGUCUGGAGAUGAUCCUGAGGUCGUCCUUGAGAAGAUCCACGAGUACUUGCGCGAGCUGUCUGAGAAAAUGCGCGAAGGCCAGAUUCCUGCGCAAAAGUACAUCAUCUAUACGAAACUUGGCAAGAAUCCAAAGGACUAUCCUAAUGCAGACUCUAUGCCUCAAGUGCAGGUUGCCUUGCGAGAGAUUGCUCGUGGCAAGAGUGUCCGCGUCAACGAUGUCAUGUCGUAUAUCGUCACAAUGGGCAAUGAUGAUACCAAAUCAUACCCAGCACCGAAGCGGUCAUAUACGCCUCAGGAUGUGCUCAAGAAAGACUCUGGCCUUACUCCGGACAUCGAAUAUUAUCUCUACAAGCAGAUCUUCCCGCCAAUCGAACGUCUCUGUGCGCCAUUGCCAGGAACUGACUCUGUGCGCCUUGCGGAAUGCCUUGGACUCGAUACUCGCAAGUACCAGAUCAAUAGUUCAUCAAGCUCCCAGCAGCAGAAGGCGGAGAUCUUCCCGCUAGAGUCGCAGAUUCCAGAUAGCAUCCGCUUUCGCGACGCCGUCCGCCUCAACCUUCGCUGCCGCCGGUGCAAGGAAACAUCUGUCUUUGAAGGACUUUGUGAGACUACUACUCAGUGCAGUCCCUCGGGCAUCAUUUGCAGCAAUGCAGAAUGCAAUCAACCCUUCUCCAAAAUCAACAUUGUAGCUCAGCUGGAGUCCCAGAUUCGAACACAAACAUUCCAAUACUACGAGGGCUGGCUUCGCUGCGACGAUGAGUCCUGCAGCAACCGCACACGGUCCAUGUCGGUGUACGGCCACCGCUGCCUCGGCCCUAGCGGCAAAGCGGAAGGCUGCCAGGGACGCAUGUCGUACGAGUACAGCGAGAAGCGACUGUACAAUCAGCUGCUCUAUUUCGCCAGCAUAUGGGAUGUUGAGAAGGCCAAGAACAAGGCGAAGACGCUGAAGGAGUUUGCAGAGGUACGAGAUCGAGUCAUGGUGCUGGCAGAAACGAACCAGGAGCUUUUUGGACAAGUCAAGGCGAUCGUGGAUGCUUACCUGAGGAAGUGUGGUAGGCAGUGGGUUGAGAUGGAUACACUGUUUGGGUUUGCUCUAAAGUGA